AUGAAUAAGUCUCGCAUUUUAAGUGGUUACGAACUUGUGGAAAAAGGCAUAACCAAGAAUCAAGCAACUCUUCCUGAAUUGGGGUUAAAAAAUGUAAGCCCUACUGGGUCUUGGUUGGAACAAAAACAGAUACAAUCUGCUAUUGAAAGUAGAAAACACUUAAUUGAUGCUGAACGAAUAGAAAAGAGUGGAGUAUUGAGUCAUGCAGUGUGGAGAGAAAGUUUAAUGCUGGCUGAAGUGACACAAAAAUCGGGAGGGCACUGGCAAUUCAUGGGUCACAAUGUUGGCAAAAAACUAUUUCUUUUCCCUGAGGAAGCCCUUUUCUUAAUGGAAGUUAAUUGUCUACUUCUUAAACACAAUGAUGUAAAAGUUUCUUUACAACAAGCAUAUUCAUUAUUGCUUAAAGACAGGAAAUCUUUUAUACAAUAUAAGGUGUAUGCAUCACUGAGUAGAUUGGGUUAUAAAGUAUUCCGACAUACGGACAGAAAAGCUAAAAGUGAUAAUAUAAAUCAGAGCAAAAAAAACUAUAAUGCUGAAAAUAACAAUUCUAAAGAUACUUUGCUUGAUAUAAGUACUUCAAGUGAUGCAGGACAAUGUAAAAAUAACGAAAAUAAUGAUGCAGAAGCCCAAAUCAAUAAAACGAUGAAAACUAACGGUGUAAAAGAUUGUGACAUGGAAAUUGUAACUUGUGACAGUAAACCUAGUGAUUUUCUUACAUGUGGAGAUAACAGUAAAAAUAAAGCAACUAAUGAAGUAAACAGAGAGACUAAAAAUACAGAAGUGGUAAAGGAACCAAACUCGGAUUUGCAAAAUUCUUCUAAGGAAUCAAAUACUACAUUAACUUAUAAACAAUUUGAAGAUAAAAAGAAUGUAGCAAGUAUUUAUCAAAACCAAAUUUUAAAGUUGAAAAAGCGACUGCUUAAAUCUUGUAAUCCUAAGAAAAUUCACAACUGCUUUAAGUGCUUGCCAGAUUUGUUAAACAAGCACACAGUUUCUAUAAAAGUACCUGAAAAAUCCUGCGUGCCAAAAAAUAUCAACUUCAUUAAAAAUAUUUACACACUUAAUUUAGAACAACUUAAAACUAAAUGCCUUCGACCCCCGUCAAUGGAAUCUCAAGCUUAUAGCAUUAGUGACGAAGUUAAUGGGGCACAUAUAAGAAGAGUGAGAAAUAUUUCGGAUAGCAGUAGAUUUAACAAUAGUUCAGUUUUUCAGUCCCCAAACUUUUCAAGGUUUACAGUGAAUAACAUUCAGUUUCGCCCAUUUCACUUUUGGCGGCCGCGCGCCAAUUUAAACUUUUUUCAGUUUAGCAUGUUAUAUCAUCGACCUCCUGUGCCAAAUAUGUUUUUUACACCAAGAUAUCCAUUUUACAGACCCAAUUGCUUUAGUCAGAGUUAUGCCUUUCACGGCCAAAGAUAUAACGUUAGAAAUUUUAGAAAAAGAACGCGAGAUAAUGCCAAAAAUUACCAUCUCGAAUCUCUCAAAAGACUAGCAGCAAGAUUAAAAAAUCUUAUUCAAGCUGGUAACAGGCAACCACAGAACAUGGAAGCCCUUGAAAGGCUCAUACAAACAUAUAACACGCGUUAUAAAUCCAGAGUACGUCUUUCCAGUGACUACGAAAUAAUUGAGGAUGAAAAUAUUUUAGAAACUAUAGAAUUAGAUGAUGAUGAAGAGACAAGGAGCAAAAAACCUCGUGUUGAUGAAUCAUAUGAUACAUAUACAGAAAAUUUUAACAAAAUUAAACAACUCGCCAAUCAGCUAAAAGACUUUGAACGUGAUAACAAUGCCACUGCUCGUCAUAGACGAGCUUUUUCAAAUCUAGUCAAAACCUUUAAUAAAUCUUACAAUGCUGAUAUUUACAUUAACAGUAAUUAUGAUAUUAUAGAUAGGAGAUAUAUCACUCUUGACGACUCUUCUUCAGACUCUGAUUGUGUUAUAAAUGAGUGUGUCGAUACCUCCAGUGGUAAAAAGUUACGCAAUCCAUUUAACAUUUUGAAACGUCUCUCAGAAAAACAUAAUAAAUCAAUAGAUGAUCCGAGUACUAGCAGUGAAAGUGUCGAUAAUAUCAGUGAUAACUCAAUCGCAGUUAAAGAUAACAAGUAUAGUGAAAAAACUCUGAAAUGCUUCGGCCGAAAUUGGCUACCAGACGUAAAUGAUUUUGGAAGAGCUGAAAUUGUAUCUGGCAAAAUAUUAAACAAUGAAUGCACAGAAAAUUUUAUUUAUGAGUUUGUGAAAAUGCAUCCUUAUGAUUAUGAAAACUGGGUAGAUCUAAAAAUUUCUUUUUUGAGUAGUUUAGAAGAAACUACAGCAGCUUUUGAAAAUGAAGCAGAAAUGGAUAAAAAUGAAUCAAAAUCUAUUAUUAAACCCGAGGACUGUACUGAUAUGGUUACUGUAUUGAAGAAACUAAGUAUUAUAAAAGCGAAUAAGGAUAAAAUGUUUGAAGCCAGUCUAGUUAUAAAUUUUGACGUCUACAAUAGAGAUGUUCAAAAUUUUAGAAAGACAAACCCACCUAUACCACAUUUUAGAAUAGUGUGCAUAGAAGAAUCGUCAAGUUUUCCUUCUGGGGACGAGGUAGCUACAUUGCACGCAAAAUACAAUGAUUCAGUUUGUAUUGUUUUCGCAAUAGUUGGCCUUGGAUCAAUCAGCUAUUUACAAAUAAAUAACACAGAAUUACCAAUGUAUGUUUCCAGUAGUAAUAUAACUUAA